GCUGCCGGUGGAUGGAGUGAUGAAGGUUAGAGAAUAUAGUCUGAGUUUAAAUGAGUUAUUCUCCCCCUCUCUGACACGCGGACUGUUCACACACACAGAACUGGGUACCGGUCACCUGGCGGCUUACGUCACAACGAGGGCAUCACCAUGUUGAGUGUUGGGGGGUCAGUGAGGCCUGGCGUCCUGCAGCUUCCUCUGCGGGGAGUCUGUUCUGCUACAGUCAGCAGGGCGUCAGCUCCACUUGGUCAAACCUGCUCUGGACCUCCAUCUGCUGGACUCUCUGCAGUCUACUGUCACACAUUACCUGUCAGGACCCUGUCAUGUGUCAGGACGCCAUCAGGAGAGAGGGGGCUCUCAGGUGUCAGGACCCUGUCAUGUCUGGGAACGCUGUCAUGUGUCAGGACUCCAUCAUGUCUGGGAACGCUGUCAGGUCUGGGGAUACUGUCGGGGGUCAGGACUCCAUCAUGUCUGGGAACGCUGUCAGGUCUGGGGAUACUGUCGGGGGUCAGGAGGCUCUCAGGUGGUGGUGGUGAUGGUAGUGCAGCCGGCUGGUACGGUGCCCUCUCGGACUCAGCGCCAGUUCACCUGUGUGAACACUUCCUGGUAAACAUGCAGCAGGUCAGCGGGCUGCCGUGGUGGCUGAGCAUCGUCAUGGCAACGCUGUCAGUGAGGACGCUCAUCACUCUGCCGCUUGCUGCCUACCAGAUGGUCAUCAUUGCCAAGGUGGAGGCACUGCAGGCGGAGAUUUCAGAGCUGGCCAAGAGGCUUCGAUAUGAAGUGUCAGUUCGAGCGAGAGAGAGAGGCUGGACCGAGAAACAGAGCAGGUUCCAGUUCCAGAAGAAUCUGCGUCGUAUUGUUUCUCAGCUGUAUGUCAGAGACAACUGUCACCCCUUCAAAGCAAGUCUACUGGUCUGGGUUCAGCUGCCCCUGUGGGUCAGCCUCUCUUUGGCCCUUCGAAACCUGAGUCUGGACCAGUUCGGGCUGAAGUCUGAGCUGGCAGCAGGGGGCGCCCUGUGGUUCCCUGACCUCACCUUACCUGACUCCACCUGGAUCCUACCUGUCUGUCUUGGAGUCACCAACCUGCUCAUCGUAGAGCUGUUUUCUCUUCAGAGAGUCAACCCGUCUCGCUUUCAGAGGUUUCUGACGAACUUCAUCAGAGCGUUCUCAGUGUUAAUGAUUCCCAUCGCUGCUACAGUCCCCUCCUGCGUCGCUCUGUACUGGUUAACCUCCAGUCUGGUGGGAUUCAGCCACAACCUCCUCCUUCGUUCUCCUGCUAUCCACAGAAUCCUCAGACUCCGAACUAAUCGAUCAGACUCUCCGUACAGAGACCUGCUGUCUGCAUUCAUCACCAAAUACUGCAAGUAAAUACACAGAGUACUGCAAGUAUACAUUAGAUACUUCUCUGAGGGUUUUCUAUGAAUCUGCUUCAGAACUGUUCCUGGUCUGGUCUGUCAGGCUUCACACAGCUCGCCCCACCGCUCAGCUGUUAUAGUGUUAAAACCAGGAGAAAUGUUUGCAGACAGACACUGUAUUGAUCGCCUUGUUCAUUAAUCAUUAUUAAAAUGUGUGUUUCUAUGAGG